AUGCUGCCAUCUGUGGCGAGCUCCGCUGCUGUGCCCCCAGCCAAACGCGAGGACCCGCUGGUGUCCGGAAGCCCUCGAAGCAGUGAGGAGCCGCGAUGCCUUCUACCCGAGCCGUUCCUCACCGGGGCUCGGGGGACACGUCGGAAUCAUGCCCGGAUUCCGGAGGAAAACCGCGGUCCUCGCGUGGAGCCAAAGCCACGGCGCGCUCGAAGCCCCGCACGUGGAGGGAUUCGCUUCCCCGUGUCAGGGGCGUGCCCGGGGCCUGUCCAGGGCCAGUCGGGGGACCGUGUCCGGGGCGUGUCCAGGGCCAGCGGGGAUGGGGGGGAAGGGGGGAACCCGUGUCCAGGGCCAGUCCGGGGCAUGUCUGAGGCCUACCCUGGAUGUGUCCGGGGCGUGUCCUGGUGUGUUCUGGGACCCCCAGCUUUCCGUUGGGCGGUCGUGAGUCACCCACUCAACGCUGAAGUCAAUAAACACGACAGCCGAAAACCCCCAUGUACCGGCAAUCAGUUGAUUAAUUGUAGGAACCAUGUUUUGGAGAUUAAGGAGAGCCUAAUACGUUUAAAAAACACCAGUGAAAAUAAUCGCAAAGAUCUAAUGAAAGCCCUGAUUCAGGUGAAGCAUGGUAUUACUCCAGCCAAGGAGGAAGGGGACAGAUUGAGUGAGAAUGUCACCACCGCAGCUGACAGAUUCGAAGACAUGAAGUUCUUCCUCCCUUACCUCCGGAAGUUCGGUAGACUGUACCCUAACGUUGUCAUUGGCAAAGGGAAAAAAGGAGUGUCCUUCGCCCUGGGCAUCCCCACGGUCAGCCGAGGAAACCACAGCUACCUGACCUACACACUCACCUCCCUGGUCUCCAGGAUGACGACCGUUGAGGCAGAGGACGCUGUGGUCAUUGUGUCCAUCGCAGACAAUAAUGAAGAUUAUUUAAAUUCUGUUGUGAAAAUGAUUAAGAAAAAAUUCAGUUGGUACGUGCAGAUGGGGAGCAUAGAAGUCAUUACAAUACCCACUUUCUUCUAUCCAAACCUGGUCCUCAGCAACGAGACGGUGACUGGUAGUGAGUCGUUGUACACGAAACAAGUCUUGGAUUUUUGUAUUUUGAUGCUGUAUGCCCAGCCCAAAGCCAUGUAUUACCUGCAGCUAGAAGAUGACAUCAUAGCUAAAAGGAUGUUCUUUAAAGAAAUGGCAAAUUAUGUGCAUAAUAUUGCUCCAAAUAAUUGGUUUUUCAUUGAGUUUACAGUGAUUGGAUUUAUAGGAAAACUGUUUCGAUCCGAGGACCUGCCUGGCUUUGUGCGUUUUUUCUUAAUGUUCUACCAAGAUAAGCCCAUAGAUUUGCUCCUGGAGGACAUGUUUUAUGUAAAAGUGUGUGAAACAAAGGAACCUUAUGAAGACUGUAAGCAACGGCAGCACAAAGUUCGUAUUCGGUACAAGCCGUCUCUCUUCCAGCAUGUGGGGAUACAGUCUUCAUUCCCUGGGAGAAGACAACUUCUCAAAUACCUGAUGCCGGGGAGUGUGCCCCACCAGAAAGUGAGCGUGGUCGAUGUUGGUUGUAGCCGGCGGUCUGACCACUGCUCCACCCUCAGUGCUCGCUCUCUCCCUUGGUGGCUGCUGUGGUACUUUGUGGUGCUACUGUAG